CCCUGGUGUUAGGACACUGCUGCCGUUCGUUCCCGUCAGGCCUGACUCCCCAUCCUCUCUUGGUAUCAGGGGGACAGUGCGGAACCCUCUCCGGCCACCUGCCAUCCCCAGUUCCACUAGGCGGACUACAAGCCCCAUGAUGCCGCGGGGCCGAGCUUUAACUAGCUCUGCCCGGGGCGCCCGGGUCCCCUCCUUUUUCUCCCGCAUCCCCGCGGCUCUUGUCCGCCGCUCGGGCUGAAGGCUGGGCUAUGUCGCCGUGGGGUGCCGGGGGCUGCGGGCUCGCGUCCCUGCGGCGGCUGCAGUGUCCCCAGGGCCCGCGCCCCUCGCGCCCUCGCGCCGGCGCCGAGCGACGCCUUUGUGUGCGGGGGUGUGGGAGGCGAGGCGCGAGUCCGCGCCGCGCCGCCGAGUGCCCGCUCCCUCCCCGCACGGGUGGGGGCCUCUCCGCGCAGCCUGCCGCCGCCGCCGCCGCCGCCGCCUGGCGAGGACGCCCGCGGCCCGCGCAGCCCGCACCGCGCCGCCCCCGCCCGCCGGCAACGCUUGCACAUGCCCGAGCCGCAGCUCUGCGAGCAGGCAGCGCCGGCCCCCCGCCCCGCGGCCCCGGGCCCCGGCUCCGGCGCCGUCUUUCCUCCCGGGCCGGGCCCCGCGGCCCCGGCAUGAGGAGCGGGCGAUGAUCCCCGCAAACGCCUCUGCCAGGAAGGGGCCCGAGGGCAAGUACCCCCUGCACUACCUCGUGUGGCAUAACCGCCACCGCGAGCUGGAGAAGGAGGUCCGCGCGGGCCAGGUGGACAUUGAGCAGCUGGAUCCCCGUGGCCGUACUCCCCUACACCUGGCCACCACGCUGGGGCACCUUGAUUGUGCUCGUGUGCUCCUAGCACACGGUGCAGACGUGGGCAGGGAGAAUCGCAGCGGCUGGACAGUGCUUCAGGAGGCUGUGAGUACCCGGGACCUAGAGUUGGUGCAGCUGGUGUUGCGGUACCGGGACUACCAGCGGGUGGUGAAGCGGUUGGCAGGCAUCCCCGUGCUCCUGGAGAAGCUGCGCAAGGCCCAGGACUUCUACGUGGAGAUGAAGUGGGAGUUCACAAGCUGGGUGCCCCUGGUAUCCAAGAUCUGCCCUAGUGACACCUACAAAGUGUGGAAGAGUGGUCAGAACUUGCGGGUAGACACCACGCUCCUGGGCUUUGACCACAUGACAUGGCAGCGAGGGAACCGCAGCUUCAUCUUCAGGGGCCAAGACACAAGCGCCAUGGUCAUGGAGAUUGACCACGACCGCCGGGUGGUGUACACAGAGACUUUGGCGCUGGCUGGGCAGGACCGUGAGCUGCUGCUGGCCGCUGCUCAGCCCACCGAGGAGCAGGUGCUGAGCCGGCUCACCGCACCCGUUGUCACAACGCAGCUUGACACCAGGAACAUCUCCUUUGAGAGGAAUAAGACUGGCAUCCUGGGCUGGCGCAGUGAGAAGACUGAGAUGGUGAAUGGGUAUGAAGCCAAGGUGUAUGGGGCAUCCAAUGUAGAGCUCAUCACCCGGACACGGACAGAGCAUCUUUCAGAACAGCACAAGGGCAAGGUUAAAGGUUGUAAGACACCGCUGCAGUCCUUCCUGGGAAUUGCUGAGCAGCAUGGGGGCCCCCAAAACGGGACCCUGGUCACUCAGACUCUGAGCCAAGCCAACCCCACUGCCAUCACCGCAGAAGAGUACUUCAACCCCAACUUUGAGCUUGGCAGCCGUGACAUGGGCCGCCCCAUGGAACUGACCACCAAGACACAGAAGUUCAAGGCCAAGCUGUGGCUAUGUGAGGAGCAUCCCCUGUCCCUGUGUGAGCAGGUGGCCCCCAUCAUUGACCUCAUGGCUGUCAGCAAUGCGCUCUUCGCCAAACUCCGGGAUUUCAUUACCCUGCGCCUGCCACCUGGGUUUCCUGUCAAGAUUGCCUCAUACCGCGGCUGUGAGAUCUCCCCGGCGUUGUUUGAGGCCCCACGCGGCUACAGUGUGCUGGGUGGCCAGCGGGAGGCAGCCCCCCGAGAUGACGAUGACGACCUGCUGCAGUUCGCCAUCCAGCAGAGCCUGCUUGAAGCGGGCAGUGAAUAUGACCAGGUCACUAUCUGGGAGGCGCUAACCAACAGCAAGCCAGGAACUCACCCCAUGUCCCACGAGAGUCGCCGACAGGACAGGUGCGCCCCGGAGCCCUCGACGUAUCUUACCCGCCCCCAGGAGCACCCCGCCUACGCCUCAGCGCCAGCCGGCGCCCACGGCGUCGGUCCCCAGCCCCCUGCCCAGCCCAGGCCCAGGCCCAGGCGGCCACGUGUUCCGGAGCUACACCGAGCAGCUGCGGCUGGCCAUGGAGCUGUCGGCGCAGGAGCAGGAGGAGCGGCGGCGACGCGCGCGCCUCGAGGAGGAGGAGCUGGAGCGCAUCCUGCAGCUCUCACUGACGGAGCAGUAGCGACCACUGCCCGGCCCCUCGGCCACGCCACCCGUGACCCGCCCUGGAGCGAGAGUCGCCCCAGCCCGCGCGCCCGUCGAGCUGCGGCCGGAGACUGGAGCCGCCACCUCUGAGGCUUGGCUGCGGCGCACCAGGCACCAGAUGCCGAGGGGUUCAGCACAACCAGGGGUUACCUUCCCAGGCCAGGGCCCUGGAGGCAGGUGGCACGGCCUGGUCCCCGUGCUUUGCUGUAUCCUGAACCCCCACCCGUCUCCCCUGGGCUCAGAUCUGUCCAAGGCCAGAGCCGGCGGUCCUGACGGGGAGACGGGUCCUUAGAGGAGAGGUGUCCCCAUCCCUUUCUCCUCCAGGCUGGUCCUCCUCCCUGCUCCUGACCCACUCCAGGACACUGUCCGUGAAGCCUUUGCAUCUCCGCUCUUCACCCCUGGGGGCAGCUGAGCUCCACACGUGCUGUGUUGCUGCUUAGUCCCAGACACAAGCCAGCACGACCAGGCCAGGGCCCAGCCCCUCCCAUACCCCGGCAUUUCAGCGUCAAGUGCACUUAGCGGGGUGCCUGGCUCCCUCAGCCCCACACCCCUCCCAGGUCUCAGGGUGGUCCCAGCUUCUUGGGUUGCCAGAGGUGGGAGUGUCCCCAUUCCCAAGGCACGUUUUUGUGAUAAGGGAAGGUGCCCGAAAUGGCCCCCGGGCCUGAGCAAGGCCUGGUUCCUUCAUGUUGUCUUGGCAAAUGGCGGGCAUAUUGGGCUGGAGCAAGCACUAGACCCUGUCUCUUGGCCCCGCUUAUGGGCAGGUGCAUCCUGGGGCUGUCGACAUAUCUUACCUGCCCGGGGCCCUGGCACCACCACCCACCCUUUCCCACCAGCUGCUGCUAGUCCUCUGUGGUUGUGUGUCCCACUUGCCCCCACUCAGGGGCUGACUUAAAAACCCUUCAUCCAAUGGUGCUAAUCCCUGGCUCGACCCUGCUCCACCCCACUCACCCACCCAGAGAAGCACAGACCCCACCAGGGCCAGGGGCCUACCGCAUACCCUUGUUCGGGGGCUCUGGGACUGGCCUUCCUGGAUCAGCCCGUGAGGCUCAGAAGGGACACGAAAGAGAUGGAGGAAAAGAACAAAGAGAAACUGUUCCUCUCACCCCCUUCCCUGAUGCCAGGGGCACCAGACUGAUUCUGAGGCACAAAUAAAAGAGGAUUCAA